UUUUUGAUAUAGAAAACUCAUCACCUACCACUGAUAAUUCAAUCCUUCUUCUCUUAAUUUAUUUUUACUCUUAAUUUUAUUAAACCCCACACCAUUCAUUUUCACCUUCACAGCCUUUCUCUCAAAAAACCCACUUCCAUGACCAAUAUCCACUUCAUUCAGUUUCAAGCCUUUCAUUAUCAAUUCUGCCUUUGCCUUUACAAGGACCUUCAUUUCUGGUGCAAGAUAGCUCCAUUCCAGCUUAGAUUCAUAUCCACAUUUCCCCAUAAAACCAAUUAUCUUCUUUUACUUAUUUAAGCUCCUUUAUUUUUUUUCUUCUUCUUUUUGUGUUUAUCGGACAAGUGGGUGCAUUUGAGGGUUUCUUCAAUUAGUUCACCUGCUCUUGUUUCUGGGAAAUGGCCACAUUGGGGGCUUCCUUUUCUAGAUCUGAGAUUAUCUUUUCAAAGAUCUGAGCUUUACUGUUGGAAGGUGUUGAAUAUCUGAAACUAGGGGGGGAAAUGGCAAAUGAUCUCAAUGCUGAAAUGUCCAAGAAGACAGCCAUUUUUGGACUUAAAGUGUGGGAAGUUAUUGGGAUUGUUGUUGCUUUAUUUAUCAUAAUCAUCCUUUCUUUGUUGUCAUUUUGUUUAACUUCAAGGAAGAAGAAGUCAAGAGCUAGAAAUAAGCUUCCCCUUACUCAAAUCCCAUCUAUAUCUAAAGAAAUCAAGGAAGUUCGAGUCGAACAAGUAUCAGCCAACGAUUUCGUUCCUCGGGAUGGUAUUCUUCUCACCAUUCAUGAUAAAUCCAGUGACAAAGAUUCAGAUAGGGUUAUGGUUCAUCUUGGUAUGGGAAAAUCAAGGAAUGGAGAUAAUAGUAGUCAGUCAGGUUCAUUUCACCAUUUAGAAAGAGAUGGUGCAGGGUCUCAAUCAGGAGAAGAAGGGAGUUCUGGUACCGUGACUGUUUAUAGACAGUCUUCUUUGUAUCCCGUCACUGCUCCAUCUCCUUUAGUUGGCUUGCCUGAAUUCUCUCAUUUGGGUUGGGGUCACUGGUUUACAUUGAGGGAUCUUGAACUUGCUACGAACCGGUUUUCAAAGGAAAAUGUUCUUGGAGAGGGUGGAUAUGGCGUUGUUUAUCGGGGUCAUUUGAUCAACGGAACGCCAGUGGCUGUUAAGAAAAUACUCAACAACUUAGGCCAAGCGGAGAAAGAAUUUCGAGUCGAAGUGGAAGCCAUUGGGCAUGUUCGUCACAAGAAUUUGGUCCGCCUUUUAGGUUACUGUAUUGAAGGAACACACAGGAUGUUGGUUUACGAGUAUGUCAACAAUGGAAACUUAGAACAAUGGCUUCACGGAGCUAUGCGUCAACAUGGAUAUCUUACCUGGGAAGCUCGCAUAAAGGUUCUACUUGGAACAGCUAAGGCUCUUGCCUACUUGCAUGAGGCCAUUGAACCAAAGGUUGUGCACCGAGACAUAAAGUCCAGCAAUAUUCUGAUCGACGAUGAGUUUAAUGCCAAGGUUUCCGAUUUUGGUCUGGCGAAGUUGCUAGGUGCUGGGAAAAGUCAUGUUACAACCCGAGUUAUGGGAACAUUUGGAUACGUGGCUCCUGAAUAUGCAAAUACUGGCCUUUUGAACGAAAAGAGUGAUGUCUAUAGCUUUGGGGUUGUACUAUUGGAAGCCAUAACUGGUAGAGAUCCCGUGGAUUAUGGUCGUCCUGCCCAUGAGGUUAAUCUGGUAGAUUGGCUAAAAAUGAUGGUUGGAAGCAGGAGAUCAGAGGAAGUGGUAGAUCCAAAUAUCGAGGUUAGACCGUCGACACGAACUCUAAAACGUGCCCUUCUAACUGCUUUGAGAUGUGUUGAUCCGGAUUCUGAAAAAAGACCCAAGAUGGGUCAAGUUGCACGAAUGCUCGAGUCUGAGGAGUAUCCUAUACCAAGAGAGGACCGAAGGCACCGUCGGACUCAUGGAAACAACUCUGAAAUAGACUCACAAAAGGAUAAUUCCGAUACAGAUAAGAGUGAUUAUCCAGCUUCAAGGUCAGAGAGUAAGCGGACACAAUCUUGAAGCUCGAGCGCAAAGAGGGUGGCAAUGAAAGGUGGGAUCCUUAAAAGCUUGUUUUGUGUCGAAAAAGUCAUCGGGUUUGUCUCGGUAUUAGCAGUUGUUGAUAAGUAGGGAAUUGUGGUACAGAGUGGGGAAAAGGGGGAAGGACUUUUGCUUUUAUCAAAUAUUAUUAUUAUUAUCAUCAUUUGUUUUGUAAUUGAAUAGUAUUAAUUAGUAGAUGGUAGGGAUGAUUUGUUGUGUAUGAAAUGGGUGUCUUGUGAGACUUUUUAAGUGAGACCAAAUAUAAGGUUUAGUGAUGGGUGUGGUGGGGAUUUGUUUCAUUGUUUUAGGCGUACGGACUAGGAUUAGCACUUUUUGAGAUUUGUUUUGCUUUAACCUCAACUGAAAUGUUCCCAUUUUUCAUUGGUUGGAGUUGCUUUGCUUGUAUAUUAAUUUGCUUAUUAUGAAGAGUACCAAAUAUGCAUACAACAA